AUGUUACUAAGACCAAUAUGCUUUAAAAAUAAUAAGUUUUUAAAAUUUAGUAUUAUCACAAGAUAUAAUCGAAAUUUAGCAACCAAUACUAUUAAUAGACCAAUUACACCAAAACCAAAGAUCAAGAAAUCAAACCUAUUUAGAAAUGUCAUAAUUACAACAGGGAUCAUUACUUUAAGUGGAGGUACAAUAUAUGUGCUAGAUAAAGAAUAUAAUUCAAGUUUAAUAACAAGAUCAGUGAGAGCAUUAUAUGUAUUAUUAUGGAUAGCUUAUGAAUAUGGAUAUAAUUCUAAAAAUUACGCAGAUUUGAAUGAAUUACAUGAAAUUGCAAGUGAAAGAUUAUUACAAAUGUUAACAUUAAAUAAAGGACUUUAUAUAAAAUUAGGUCAAGCAAUAGCAAAUCAAGGUAAUUUAUUUCCAAAAGCAUUUCAAGAAAAAUUUCCCAAACUUUACGAUGAAGCACCAUUUGAUUCUUGGGAUAAAAUGAAUAAAGUGUUGAAAAAAAAUUUAGGAGAAAAUUAUGAAAAUGAAUAUUUUGAAUGGAUUGAUCAUAAACCUAUAGCAAGUGCAUCAAUAGCUCAGGUGCACAAAGCAAAAUUUAAUGAAAAAUUUGGAUCAAAAGAAAUUGCUCUUAAGAUCCAACAUGAUUAUAUUGAUAAACAAAUCGUUGUUGAUUUAUUAAUUUAUAGGUUGAUCAAUAAAGUUUAUGAAAAAGUUUUUGAUGUUCCUUUAAGUAUGUUUUCAAAAUAUGUAUCUGAACAAUUAAUAAAAGAAACUAAUUUUAUAAAUGAAAUGGAAAAUGCUUUAAAAUUACAAAGAUUUACUGAUAAUGAUUCAGCAUUGAAGAAUUUAAAUAUUAGAAUACCUGAAAAUUAUCCAGAAUUGACUACAAGUCAAGUCUUACCAGCUGAAUGGAUUGAUGGUAUAUCAUUAACUGAUAAAAAUAAAUUAAUAAAUCAUGGAUUUGAUUUAAAACAAGUAAUGAAUCAAUAUAUCAUUUUAUUUGGUAGACAAAUUUUUAAUUAUGGAUUUGUACAUUCUGAUCCACAUCCAGGUAAUUUAUUAGUAAAAUUUGAUUCAAGAGGUAAACAACAAUUAAUUUUAUUAGAUCAUGGAUUAUACAUUACUUUAGAUAAAAAAUUCAAAUUACAAUAUUGUACUUUAUGGAAAGAUUUGUUCAUAUUAAACAGGAAAGGUAUAGAACAAAUUGGAAAGCAAUGGGGGAUAAAUUCAACAAAUAUUUUCGCAACUAUAAUUUCAUUAAGACCAAUUAAAUUAGAUAAAUCAAAGAAUUCAGAUAAUGAUAAACUGGAUGUAUCAGAUUUAUUAAAAGAUUUUAUUGGAGAUAGACUGAAAUUCCCCAUGGAAUUACCAUUUUUAGCAAGAACAAUGAGAAUGAUUCAAAAUAUAAAUCAACAAUUUGGAUCACCAGUUAAUAGAAUUAAUUUAUUAACUAAUCAAGCUAUUAAUGGAUUAUCCUCUGGUGAUUCACAUCUAACUUGGUCAAACUAUUUUGAUAUUUAUAAGAUUAAAUUUAGCCUUUUAUUUUCUGGUCUUGUAUUUUAUUUUAUUAGAUUUAAACAAUGGAUAGGUGGAUCUAAUUCUAAAAAUAAAGGAUUAGAAGAUUAUAUUGAGAUGUAUAUGCAAAAUACUGCUAAAUCUUUAGGACUAGAUUGGAUGUAG